CAAAGGGAGCUGAUAGUGCGCGUGCGCAGGGAGCGCUUCCUUUUCUCCUUUCUUUCUACGGCCUGCGGGAGUAGCAAAAUGGCCAAACGCACCAAGAAGGUUGGGAUCGUGGGUAAAUAUGGUACCCGAUAUGGAGCAUCCCUGAGGAAGAUGGUGAAGAAGAUUGAAAUUAGCCAGCAUGCCAAGUACACCUGCUCCUUCUGUGGCAAGACAAAAAUGAAGAGGAAAGCAGUGGGUAUCUGGCACUGUGGCUCUUGCAUGAAAACAGUGGCUGGUGGUGCCUGGACAUACAACACCACUUCAGCAGUGACAGUGAAAUCUGCCAUUAGAAGACUGAAGGAGUUAAAGGACCAGUAGAAACAUAUUUUUGUUCCAGUACUGUUCUUCCAGUAUCUCAAUUCUGUACAUUAAAGGUGGUUGUGAAGCUG